AUGUCUUUAAUCAAACGACCAGACCAACCGCAACGCAAAAGUAUCUCACGAGCGUUUAGAGCGUCGUCAGUUCCGUUAAAUAACAAUGUAACCCCGUUGGAUAUUUUAGAAGGACAGUUGGCCGGGCUGGCAGACGCUUUUGCAGGAUUGCAGGCGAAAUUCGAGAAUUUGCAAGAGCUUCAUGAGACUCUUCUUACAUUCAACCAGUCGUUUUCGGCAUUUUUAUAUGGAAUAAAAAUGAAUGCACAUUGCGUGGAAUUUCCAGAGGCACCGACAGCAGAAUCUUUCCAACAUGUCGCACAAAAAACAGGUAUUAAUCUACUUUCCGGCCAUUUGCUGUUCUUUUUCUUUUCGUUUAAUCCAUCUCUUGAUGCGAUAAUUCUAGGUUGUGUUCCAAUAACGCCGCGUAAACUCUUCCUCCGUCCACCUCAAACUCCAAAGCGCGAACCCGACCCUCAACCAAUACUGGAAUUGGAGCCGGAGCCGGAACUGAAACCGGAGCCAAAAGUAGCGCCGGAAAUAGAGCGCGAUAUAUCUGAUGAAGAAGACUCGUCUCAGAAAGAAGAACCAAAACCGCCACAAUCAUCACAAAGUAAAGUUAAAACAACCUCUAAGCAAGUAAUUCAACCGAGCAAAUCCAGAGCUAUGAACAUUAAGAAAUUUGUUACGAGGCUUACGAAUGGGCUUCCGUUAAAGUAUAGGGAACAACAGCCCCAUCGUAAUAACAUGGAACUCAUGGUAAAGCUACUAGUUACUAACCCGGAAGGACUAUAUAUGCAAGAGUUUGUUCGACAGACUAUGAUGCCGCGUGUCCGUUGUAAUGAAUAUCUCAACGCGUUAGUGCACGCGAAGGAAGUAGUGAAAAUUAACAGAAAAGGACAAUUGUUCAGAUUGGACCCUGUGAAGUAUCCCUUCGCCAAAUAA